AUGUUCAAUGUUAACAAUCUACAAAACGAUCUUAUGGUAAACCUCAAUCCCAAUUUCAAAUUGAAGAAAAUGAAGUUUUUUACGAAAGCUGAAAAGAUGUCUAGGUUUGAAAAUAAGGGUAUUUGUGCGAUUAUUUUAAACUGUACCUCGCCAUCCACCGCCACAAGAGCAACCUCUGCAUAUAACAACAACAAGAAAUCAAGGAUUGCAUAUCAGGCUCCAAAAACGUACCACCGAUGGUUUCUUUGCGGGGACGCCAUGAUGAAUCCACCGCACACUUUUGCUAUUGUGACUCAUAACCCACAACAGACAUGUCACUUCCUUGCCCACGUCCACGAAAACAGUUUCAUGGGGAUGGCCUUCUACCUCAUCGAACCUGACCUGUCCACAUCACAGGUCGGAGAUUAUCUUCACAUCAUUGAUAACAAGGACCUGAAGAUGUUCCCCCUCAAACCGAACGCAAGAAUCUUAAAAAAACCAGCACCGAUCGAACUCCCAAGAGACUCUGAUCAAACAUUUUUCUUUGUCGAGGAAGGAAAAACGAUCAAAUUGACAAGAAUGAAAUUCAAUACCCGAACGUGCACCGGGUACCAAUGCGAUCGUCACUGGGGUAAAGAUGGUUGCGUCUGUGCAUUUGGCUCUCCAGGCAAUUCCCUGGUAUACGAGUUUGAUUUUGGGAUUCCCGUGGCACAAAACCAUUUCAAUUCUGACACACAUGUUGCCAGUCUAGCUUCCUUUCGGACGAUGUCAGUCUUUUUUCAUAACUUGGUAAAUUACACGAGCACCACGACCCCUCCUAAAGAAGAAAUGCACUUACAUCGACGACGUAGCCAAAUCAGAAACAUGAUCAGUUACAUCAACGAUAAUGGUGGUUGGAAAAUCAUCGGCUGGUGCAAGAGAGGGCUCCUUUCCAUCAAGGGAGAAACAGAUAAAGUCGAGAACAGAAAUGUUAACCUUCGUCUCACAUCCGUCUAUCCACAAAACGUUGGAAUCUUGGAUGAUGAAAAUUUCAAAAAACUUCGCAUAAGAGAAGAUUUCGAAAUUCCCGAUUCUGCCUUGACUAAUUUGAGUCAGAACACUGAAACAACAGAAGAUGAUGAAUCGGAUUCAUCAUCAUCCGACAACGACGAUAACAAACGUGAUGACGAUGUUGAUGAUGCCAAUGACCAACGUCCAAAUCCAUAUAAAACCGGUGACAAUGACGAAGAUGCAGAGACUCAAGAACACACAGAUGUUGAUGUUACACAUGAACACGACGACGAGUCUGAAGAGGAAAACGAACUAGUUUAA